UGUUUUGUUGCAAAGGCUGUGCUCGAUGCACGGGAAUUACAAUCUCCACUGAGAACGAUGCUGACUAUUGCCGCGAGUGUCCGGAUGAUAUGUAUCCAAACCAGGACCAAAAUGGAUGUAUCCCCAAGAAGCUGACCUGCCUUUUCCGACAAACUGCCUUCAGCAUCAUCUUUUCUGUUGCUGUUUCUUCCUUGUUGGCAAAAACGAUCACCGUGGUGCUGGCCUUCAUAGCUACAAAGCCAGGGAAUAAGAUGAGAAAAUGGAUGGGGAAGAAUUUUGCAAACUACAUUGUCAUUUCCUGUUCUGCUGUUCAAGGCAGCAUCUGCACUGUCUGGCUGGGAAUCUCUCCUCCCUUCCCAGACAUUGACAAACAGUCCCUGUCUAGAGAGGUUGUACUGCAAUGUAACGAAGGCUCUGUCACCAUGCUUUAUGCUGCCCUUGGCUACAUGUUCUUCCUGGCGGCCAUCUGUUUCACUGUUGCUUUAAGAGCAAGGAAGCUGCCUGGGGCAUUCAAUGAAGCCAAGUUGAUGACGUUCAGCAUGCUGGUCUUUUGCAGUGUUUGGGUGACCUUUGUGCCAACCUACCUGAGCACAAAGGGGAAAUACAUGGUGGCUGUGCAGGUCUUCUCUAUCUUGGCCUCGAGUACAGGGUUACUGGGCUGCAUCUUUAUUCCCAAAUGCUACAUCAUUUUAUUGAGGCCUGAUUUGAAUACAAAGGAGCAUCUGAUGUUGAAACCUAAAGAUGGCAUCUGAUUCUCUAUAUACUGAGCAACCCACUUUAUGUAUUUAUUUAUUGCAUUUGUAGACCGUCUAGCUUAUGAAUCCCUAUUGUCGUGUACAUAGUUUAAAAAUACAAACAUACUAGCAGAAUAAAGCAAUCGUGCGUCAACUAACUCCCUGCCUAUCUCAGGAACCAUCCCCACAUAGUGUUGCCAUGUUAAACAGCUAGUGCAACUAGGGAUGUACAAACAGGUUUGACACUGAACGUGCUCGACGUCGAACUGGUUCGGUUCAAUGAUUUGGGGUCAAACUGAAGCACCCCCU